UUUACAAUCAUUAUACCAAAGAGAAUUAUUAUAUACAUUUACAAUUGUUAUACGUACGACUAGGCAGUAUGGUCGAAAGACGAUAGCCUGUCUAAUAAGGACCAAUUAAAAAAAAAUUGAAUCAUUACAAUCAGAGACAAAUAAACUAGAUGAUUACAAUUAUUAAUUAUAUAAAUACGUUUACAAUUAUUAAUUAUUAUUUCGCUUUGAACAUAUUUAACUAUAAUACCAGUACGUGAAAUUAUUUAUAAUAUGCCUGUGGAAAAGGAUCCACUGGUAAGUGAGAGAUCUGGAACCGUUCGAGAAGUUGGGAACCACGCAAUUUGGAGUUUAUCAUCAUGUAAACCAGGUUUUGGCAUAGAUCAACUGAGAGAUGAUUGCAUGGAUACAUACUGGCAGUCCGAUGGCCAGUUACCACACUUAGUGAACAUACAAUUUCAAAGAAAGACUAUGGUUUCUCAUAUCUACAUUUAUACAGAUUAUAAAUUGGAUGAGAGUUAUACACCAAGCAGGAUUUCAAUUAGAGCUGGUACUCACUUUAAUGAUUUGCAGGAAAUAGAAGUCAUUGAACUUAUUGAACCAUCAGGUUGGGAGAUGAUACCAAUUAAGGACAUCCAUGACAGGCCAAUCAGAACUUAUAUGAUCCAAAUAGCAGUUCUAAGCAACCACCAAAAUGGCAGAGAUACACAUAUGAGACAAAUUAAAGUGCAUUCACCAUGUGAACCUACAUCAUUUGAUUUUAAUAAAUUUAGGAAUUUCUCUACUGUCCAGUUUCAACAAUAUGCAACAAUUAGAUAAACAAAACCUUUGAAUACAUAAUAAACAAGUCUUUUUAAAAUUAAGUCAAUAUAUUAGUUGAAUUACAUGUUCGUACAUACUAUUUUAAAAUAAUGUGUAAUGAAAUAAAAUAUUUUUUUAAUCAGAAUCUUCACUUUCUUCACUUGCUUCUUGAAGCCAAUCAAAGAAUUUGACAAUUGAUGUCUGAUUGGCAAUAGGACUCUCACUCUCUUUUAACUCAUCAUGCCAUUCAAUCAGUGAGUCCUCAUCAACCACAUCUGCUUCAUAAAAUAAAUGAACAAUUUGUCCUGCUCUGUUCUCAAGCCACUCACAUUUAAUACAGCUAUCCUGAAAAAUAUAAAGUUUCUUAGAAUUAAAGUUCCUAAGUAAAUAUUA